GAGACGGGGCGGGUCCUAUCGGCCGGGACGAGGGUGUGGCAGCUGCCGUAGACCACAGCCUGUCUCCGCAGGAGAGGAGCUUCUGCUGGUGUGACUGAACUCUGGACGUGAGCUACAGCCAUGGAAACCAAAGGAGGAACCGUGAAAGCUGCUUCAGGAUUCAAUGCAACUGAAGAUGCCCAGGUCCUGAGGAAGGCCAUGAAAGGUCUCGGUACUGACGAAGAUGCCAUUAUCUCAGUCUUAGCCUACAGAAACACUGCCCAACGCCAGGAAAUCAGGAGUGCCUACAAGAGCACCGUCGGCAGGGACCUGAUUGAGGACUUGAAGUCGGAGCUGAGCAGCAACUUUGAGCAGGUGAUCCUGGGGAUGAUGACGCCCACGGUGCUGUAUGACGUGCAGGAGCUGAGGAGGGCUAUGAAGGGAGCUGGCACAGACGAGGGCUGUCUGAUUGAGAUCCUGGCCUCUCGUACCCCUGAAGAGAUCCGUCGCAUCAACCAGACAUACCAGCAGCAAUAUGGAAGGAGCCUUGAAGAGGACAUCUGUUCUGACACAUCCUUCAUGUUCCAGAGAGUACUGGUGUCCCUGACAGCGGGUGGCAGGGAUGAAGGAAAUUACCUGGAUGAUGCACUCAUGAAGCAGGACGCCCAGGAACUGUAUGAGGCUGGAGAGAAGAGAUGGGGGACAGACGAGGUGAAAUUCCUAAGCAUUCUCUGUUCCCGGAAUCGGAACCAUCUGCUCCAUGUGUUUGAUGAAUACAAAAGGAUCUCCCAGAAGGACAUUGAGCAGAGCAUCAAGUCUGAGACGUCAGGAAGCUUUGAAGAUGCCCUGCUGGCCAUAGUGAAGUGCAUGAGGAAUAAACCUGCAUAUUUUGCUGAGAGGCUUUAUAAAUCCAUGAAGGGCUUAGGCACUGAUGACAGUACCCUCAUCAGAGUGAUGGUUUCAAGAGCAGAGAUUGACAUGCUGGACAUCCGAGCGAACUUCAAGAGGCUCUAUGGGAAGUCUUUGUACUCUUUCAUCAAGGGCGACACUUCCGGAGACUACAGGAAGGUUCUUCUCAUUCUCUGCGGAGGAGAUGAUUAAAGCAAGGCGCAGGACACAAGGCUUCUUAACACUGUCGGUUUUUUUUAAUUUCAUUUUUCUGCACUGCUAUUAACACUAUCUCAAAUGCUUAUUUCCAAUUAAAACGCCUCCAGUUGCCUCCUAGGAUCCAGACUGUGCUAUUAUCAUCUAUAAUUAGUAAUUUUGAUGCCUUAAACUUGUACUUUCAAAGCUUUUAAGACAUACAUGGAGAUUUAGAAUUAGAAAUUAAAAUGUGCUCCAUGUCUUUAUCAGAUUAUUUCCUCAUUUGUGUUUUGUGGAGAUCGAGUGCACUAAAUGCUUUUAGAUUUUCUUUUCAGUGUGAAUUUUACAGAACAAAAGCCAUUUUCUUCCCCGGGAAGCCAGUCAUUUCUUCAUGUGGGACCGUCAGCAUCUCUUACUAAGACUAGCCAUCUGGUUUCCAAUUUUAAACAGAUCCAAAGUUUUCAUGAGCCCCUUUCUUUGGCUUUGCCUAUCAUGUUAGUUGGCAGUUGCUGAGUAUGGUGAGGCCAUGCUUCAUCUCCUUGUACCAAGACCACUUUCACCCCGUGAAGUGUAACUAAGUUAGCAGCUCACCAAACAAGUUCAAGUGUGGCUAAGCAGAUCCCAUGUGCUUGCUUGUCACUCAUGCUAAACAUUCCUCAGUUUUAGGGUCGCUGUCCUAAUCUUGCUCAAAGUGAUGGUCAAGAGUGGGCCUGAGCCAAGGUUGCUCUGAUAAUGUGCUCCGGGUGUGACUGACCUAAGAAGAGUUUUUUUUUCUGAGAAAAAUAAUUAAUCUUGUUAGACUGUUUAUUUGAUCCCCACUGUGCCUUUUUGAUCUUAUUCAGAAACUGUGCUUGCAUGUAAUCAUGAAGUUUGGUUUGUAUACUACAUAAGACAUUUUUAAUUAAAAAUGGUGACUUUAAA